AUGGAAAAAGGAGCCAGGCACCGAAACAACACUGAAAAGAACCACCCAGGUGGGAGCAAAUCGGAUACCACCCCGGAGUCUGGUUCUGGAGGGGGCGGAGUAGCCCUGAAGAAAGAGAUUGGAUUGGUCAGUGCUUGUGGUAUCAUUGUAGGGAACAUCAUUGGCUCUGGGAUCUUCGUCUCGCCAAAAGGUGUGCUGGAGAACGCCGGCUCUGUGGGCCUUGCUCUCAUUGUCUGGAUUGUGACUGGUCUCAUCACAGCUGUGGGAGCCCUGUGCUAUGCUGAGCUUGGUGUCACCAUCCCCAAAUCUGGAGGUGACUACUCCUAUGUCAAGGACAUCUUUGGAGGACUGGCUGGGUUCCUGAGGCUUUGGAUUGCGGUGCUGGUGAUCUACCCCACCAACCAGGCUGUCAUCGCCCUCACCUUCUCCAACUAUGUGCUGCAGCCUCUCUUCCCCACCUGCUUCCCCCCAGAGUCUGGCCUUCGACUCCUGGCUGCCAUCUGCUUAUUGCUCCUCACAUGGGUCAACUGUUCCAGUGUUCGCUGGGCCACCCGGGUUCAAGACAUUUUCACAGCUGGGAAGCUCCUGGCCCUGGCCCUGAUCAUCAUCAUGGGAGUUGUACAGAUCUGCAAAGGAGAGUAUUUCUGGCUGGAGCCAAAGAACGCAUUUGAGAAUUUCCAAGAACCCAACAUCGGCCUCAUCGCACUGGCUUUCCUUCAGGGCUCCUUUGCCUACGGAGGCUGGAACUUUCUUAAUUACGUGACUGAGGAACUUGUUGAUCCCUACAAGAACCUUCCCAGAGCCAUCUUCAUCUCCAUCCCACUGGUCACAUUUGUGUAUGUCUUUGCCAAUGUCGCUUAUGUCACUGCAAUGUCCCCUCAGGAGCUGCUGGCAUCAAACGCAGUCGCUGUGACUUUUGGAGAGAAGCUCCUAGGGGUCAUGGCCUGGAUCAUGCCCAUUUCUGUUGCCCUGUCCACAUUUGGAGGAGUAAAUGGGUCUCUCUUCACCUCUUCCCGGCUAUUCUUUGCUGGAGCCAGGGAAGGCCACCUUCCCAGUGUGUUGGCCAUGAUCCAUGUGAAGCGCUGCACUCCAAUCCCAGCCUUGCUCUUCACAUGCAUCUCAACCCUGCUGAUGCUGGUCACCAGCGAUAUGUACACACUCAUCAACUACGUGGGCUUCAUCAACUACCUCUUCUAUGGAGUCACAAUUGCUGGACAGAUAGUUCUUCGCUGGAAGAAGCCUGACAUCCCCCGCCCUAUCAAGAUCAACCUGCUGUUCCCCAUCAUCUACUUGUUGUUCUGGGCCUUCCUGCUGAUCUUUAGCCUGUUGUCGGAGCCUGUGGUGUGUGGCACUGGCCUGGCCAUCAUGCUGACAGGAGUGCCCGUCUAUUUCCUGGGUGUUUACUGGCAACACAAGCCCAAGUGUUUCAAUAACUUCAUUGAGCUGCUAACCCUGGUGAGCCAGAAGAUGUGUGUGGUUGUGUACCCCGAGGUGGAGGGGGGCUCAGGGACAGAGGAGCUAAAUGAGGACACAGAAGAACAGCGGCAGCCCAUCUACCAACCCACUGCCUGCAAGGACAAGGACUCGGAGCAGCCCCAGCCCUGA